UUCAACUUAACCUUAACAUUUUAACUUAACCUAAACAUUAUAAGUUAUAGUAUUUAUUGAUCAAGUGUGUGUUUGUGAAUAUUCAGUUAACGCAGUUACAAUGUCCACAGAAAAUGAAUUCGAUAUCACGUUAAAUUUAUAUGAAGACAGUAAGUCAAGAUCUAUUACCUUAGACUGCAUAAAAAGUUUUUUAAACAAUGAAACUUACCAGAAAUCUUUUGUGGCAAAUAUCAAUAAACUAUUAAGUUCAUCAUCUACAAGACUGGAUGGUUUACAAUUGUUGACAGAAUGUAUGACAAAUUUUUCUGCCAAUGUGAUAUCUGAACAGGCACCAUUUUGGUUAAAGUGUUGUCUAACCAAUUAUGAGUAUAGUACUGAUAAUGAGUUAUAUUUGAAGACCUUCAGAAAUAUUAUUGAAUGCUCCCAGAAACACUCUGAAUUUAGUAGAAAAUUCGCAACUGAGUUUUUAAACCCUAUUUUGGAUAUAUCGUUGAAUACUUCAAAGGAUUUAUUCACAAAGAAAGCUUCACUAGAAUGCCUCACUUCAUGUUUGAAGUAUUACUCAACUUUUUGUAAACAACAUAAGAAGAAAAUUGAAGACUAUCUAUUAAAUAUUUUGGGAUCACCAUUAGCAAGCCUGAUAGCUGACUCUGGAAGAGCAUUUAUAUAUUGUCAAAAUAUUCCUACCAUUGGCAACAACACUGUUAGUUGUAUUACUAACUUGACUCUUUGUGUGAGAAAAUUAUGUGUUACGUACCAUCGUUGCCUUGAUGGUAUUUUCGAACAAUGGUUAGAGAUAGAAAGAUUUGAUAUAGAAGGUAUUGAACCAUAUAAUAUCAUAGACCCACCUCUACAUUAUAAUUCCUUUUUGAAAAUACAGUACAGAACACAAAUCAUACUCAACAUUUUAGAGUGGUUCAUAAUGUUCCUCAGCGAAAAAGGAUUUCUAAUAGUUUAUCCUGAAGAAAUGUUGAGUGCUUUAGCAAGAGGAUUAUCAUUGCAUAGGUGUUCCAAGCAAGUGGCAAUAGAAGAAAAAUUCUUUUCUUCAAAUUUAAUGCUCAUUCAAACAAAAAUUUUGGAGGUACUUUGUGUUAAAACAUUAUCAUUGAAAAAUAGAUUAGAUUCGUUUUUUCCAUUUAUUUCAGAAAUGUUAAGAGAUGUCCUUAACAGAAGUAAAAAUUGCGAAUGUUACAGAAAUAGCAAGUUAUUCCAAGAAAAUUUGUAUGAAUUGUUAUUAAAAUUGUUGCUGAUAGGGCAUGGGUUAGAAAGACCUUUGCAAAAUGCCCUUGUUUCCCAAAUAAUUUCAUAUAAUACACCUAGUGAUGAAGGUGUUACUGUAAGAAUCCAAGGAAAUUUAGUAGGUCAAUCUUCCAAAUCCAAACAGAACAUUAUACUCAACAGUAUUGCUUCUAAAAAUAAUGGGAUAGAUAAGACCAAAUCAUGGACUAAGGAGAAACUGAAUGUUUCUAUUAGUUACCUUGAAGGUUUACUAAUACUAAUGGAAGAUUCUCUUGAUAGUAAUACUUUAGAAAAACUCACUUGUUUUCUCAUAAAUAAUAUUUUGCUUCUUCAGAAAGGAAUUGUAAAAGCUCCUUUUAAUGUUCAACGGACCCAAGAAUUACUUUAUGAAAUAAUAUGUUCAAUAUUUAAACAUGAUGAUAAAAAUAUAUUUUUGAACUAUGGUGAUGACAUCAAUAGAAUAUUUGUUAAUGGUUGCAUUAAUGAUAAUCUAAAUAUUUCUACAACCUGCUAUAUGGGAUUAAGGGAAAUGGAGAGAGUGUUCCAAUCAUUAAAGUUUGAAAAGUGCAAUCAUCCAAGUAAGCAACCAGUAACACCUAAAUGUUUUGAAUCAAGUGUGAAUGGUAUGACCUAUUCAGACUCUAAAAAUACUGAAAUAUUGAAUUUAGAAGAAAUGAAUUGCCCAAAUAUGGAAGAAAUUAGUGAACUUUCCCAAGUUGAACCAGUACUCAAAAAGACACACAAAAGUGUAACUCCUAAAGAUUUUGAAUUAGGUAUGGAUGAUAUGAACUAUUUGGACUCUGAAAAAGGUGAAACAUUGAUGAACACAGAAGAAAUGGAUUAUACAAAUAUGGAAGAAAGGAAUUGCCUAAACUUAGAAGAAAAGGAUUGCCUGAAUAUAGAAGAAAAGGAAUGCCUAAUCAUAGAAGAGAAGGAUUGUCGAAAUAUGAAAGAAAUUUCUAUUGAUGAAGAGGAACCAAUACUCAAAAAGAGAAAGGUAGAAGAAAAUAUUGCAGAUUUAUUUGCAAAUGAAUUCAAUGAAGAUUACAAAUAAAAUAUGUAUAUAUAUUUAAA